AUGCGUAAUUUGAGCCGCGACUUUCCGAAUGCAACAUCGCCUGAAGCAUCGGAUCUUUCUUCGAAAUAUGACUCCAUGACACCGUCUUGCGCUAGUGAUGAUGUGGAUGAUUUGGUAUACGAAGAACGUUCCUCGUCUCCUGUCGUCAAUAACUUCGUGAUUGAUUCCGAUAGUGAGUGCGAUAGGAACGCUAAUGAAAAGAUUGAUGACAAUGGAAAUAGUACAACAGAAGUGAUUACGCACAAUCUAGACGCUAACAGAGCAUAUCGGCAACGUCAUGCGCUUCCACCAAAAGGGUCAAAAGAAAGGGCAGAAAUUUUGAAGGAAAACGCGAAGAGGCGAAUGCAGGAGUCUGCCAAAAGACAUCAGUGA